ACUGAUGGCUGACUUUACCAACAAAUUGUAAUUGCCAGUAUCAUGUGCAGCUACAACAAGGAUGACUGGACUGAACUUUCAAAAAUGGCUGAGGCUUCUGGUGCAGAUGCCCUGGAGUUAAAUUUAUCAUGUCCUCAUGGCAUGGGGGAGAGAGGCAUGGGCCUGGCCUGUGGGCAGAAUCCAGAGCUAGUCCGAAACAUCUGUCGCUGGGUUAGACAAGCUGUUCAGAUUCCUUUCUUCGCAAAGCUGACCCCAAAUGUCACUGAUAUUGUGAAUAUUGCAGUGGCUGCCCAGGAAGGUGGUGCAGAUGGUGUUACAGCCACAAACACUGUGUCAGGACUGAUGGGACUGAAAGCAGAUUGCACACCUUGGCCUGCAGUUGGUGGAGAAAAGAAGACCACAUAUGGCGGCGUGUCUGGAAGUGCUAUUAGGCCCAUAGCCCUGCGAGCAGUAUCUGCUAUAGCUCAUGCUCUUCCAGGAUUUCCCAUCUUAGCAACUGGAGGAAUUGAUUCAGCUGAGAGUGGGCUGCAAUUUCUCCACAGUGGUGCUUCUGUUCUACAGGUGUGCAGUGCAGUACAGAAUCAAGAUUUCACUGUGAUUGAGGACUACUGCACAGGACUGAGAGCCCUACUUUAUCUGAAAAGCAUUGAGGAGCUUCAAGACUGGGAUGGACAGAGUCCUGCAACCAUGUGCCAUCAGAAAGGAAAGCCAGUACCCAAAAUUGCUGAUCUGAUUGGAAAGAAACUGCCUAGUUUUGGACCUUACCUUGAGCAGCGCAAAAAGAUAAUAGCCAAGAACAAGAUUAAACUGAAGCAGCAAGCCACAACUGUUGUACUGCCUGAGAAAAAGCAUUUUAUUCCCAAGAAGCCUAUUCCAGCAGUCAAGGAUGUAAUUGGAAAAGCACUGCAGUACAUUGGAACAUAUGGUGAGCUUAGCAACACAGAGCAAGUUGUGGCUCUGAUUGACAAGGAAAUGUGCAUCAACUGUGGCAAAUGCUACAUGACCUGUAAUGAUUCUGGCUACCAGGCUAUACAGUUUGAUCCAGAAACCCACCUGCCCACUGUUACUGACAGUUGUACAGGAUGCAAUCUCUGUCUCAGUGUCUGCCCUAUUAUUGACUGCAUCAGAAUGGUUGCCAGGACAACACCUUAUGAACCAAAGAGAGGCCUGCCCUUAGCUGUGAACCCAAUGUGUUGAGGUGAUCAGUCCAGCAGUUAAUGUGAACUUUACAUUUCCCUGAUGCGGUAAUUUGCUUUCCAAUUAGUACUUGAAAUUUUAACUGUAUUAAAAUAUGUAGUGUUGAUAGUCCUUAUAAUGACGGCUACUUUCUCCAGUGAUUAUUUUAAGACAAACUAUUUUCUUAGAUUUCAGAGCAGCAACAGUUAGUCAGUUAUUAGCUGUCAGUUGUCCAUUAUGUAAAGCACAACUUUUUCUUUUGCAAAUUUCUGUAUUUGAUGUUUAAUCUUUAUAGAGUUUCUAGUUUUAAACAUAAUUAAGUGAGCGUUUUUUAACUGACUACAGUUCAACAUACAAGGAAACUGUUUCCAAGGAGACAUUUUGUAAUUAAACAUUACAUUUAAUUGCUAAAAAGUUUCUUUGAAAUUGUAAUUAGCUACAUACUAUGCAAACAAAGCAAUGUGGGGUGCUAUUUGUCUAUGAAAAGAAGUGAAAGGAGCUUUAAAAUAGCAUUUCCAAUCUGGAUCAAUCACUUUAAACUGCUAUAGUGUACAAUAUAGUAUUUUCUUAAUGCUUUCUCAAUUCAACCUUACAUUAGACUCUUCUAAAAAUACAUUUGCUAACCAAUGACCUG